CUAAAGUCAAUGAAUGAGACUAACUAUUCUCGGGUGACCGAAUUUGUGUUGCUGGGACUCUCUAGUUCUCAGGAGCUCCAACCUUUCUUGUUUGUCAUAUUUUCUGUUCUCUACCUAGCUAUCCUGUCGGGCAACUUUCUUAUUAUUCUCACUGUGACCUCAGAUGCUCGUCUUCAUUCUCCCAUGUACUUUCUGCUUGCAAACCUCUCUUUUAUAGAUGUAUGUGUGGCUUCUUUUGCUACUCCCAAAAUGCUUUCAGAUUUUUGGGUUGAGCAAAAAACGAUUUCUUUCGAUGCCUGCCUCGCCCAGAUUUUCUUUGUACAUCUCUUUACGGGUAGCGAAAUGGUGCUUCUUGUAUCCAUGGCUUAUGACCGUUAUGUUGCUAUAUGUAAGCCUCUUCACUAUAUGACAAUCAUGAGCCGUCGUGUGUGUGUUAUUUUGGUCAUCAUCUCCUGGUGUGUUGGCUUUAUCCAUACUACCAGUCAGUUGGCAUUUACUGUUAAUUUGCCUUUUUGUGGUCCUAAUGAGGUAGAUAGUUUUUUCUGUGACCUCCCUCUAGUGACUAAGCUAGCCUGCAUUGACACGUAUGUGGUCAGUCUGCUGAUAGUAGCAGACAGUGGCUUUCUUUCUUUGAGUUCCUUCCUCCUCUUGGUGGUCUCCUACAGUGUGAUACUCAUCACAGUGAGGACUCGCUCCUCGGCCAGCAUGGCAAAGGCUCGCUCCACACUGACGGCCCACAUCACUGUGGUCACACUGUUCUUUGGACCGUGCAUCUUCAUCUAUGUGUGGCCCUUCAGCAGUUAUUCAGUGGACAAAGUUCUUGCUGUGUUCUAUACUAUUUUUACUCCCAUCUUAAACCCAGUCAUCUACACUCUAAGAAACAAAGAGGUAAAGGCAGCUAUGUCAAAACUGAAGAGUCGAUAUCUGAAGCCUGGCCAGGUUUCUGCAGUCAUAAGAAAUGUUCUUUUUCUGGGAACUAAGUAA